CAAAAAAUUCCACUACGUUAUGCACCACCACGGUGUAAGGUACGGUUAUUACCUCGAUCGGAUUUUGGUAACGUUCUAUAGAUGAAAACAGACGCAGCUCCCGCUUGUCGGUUCGUGUUCAAUAUAAUCUAUAGUUUUUGGUUUAAAACACAGAUACAAAUGGUAUCUGUACAAACAGACUUUAAUACGCUCAAACUUAGAAUAUAUAUGUGUGUGUACAGAUAUGACUAUUGAGAACAACGAAUGACUAUACCAAUGAAAAUUCUUAAUCAUUUUCGAUAAGACUUAGUCUGUAUAAGUUUGCCUUUGGAGUGCCACAGAAUUUUCGCUACAGAACCAGACUAUUUGAUUGUAUCGCUUUUAUCCCACCUUUGACUAUGUCUCAGACCAAGGCGUUGUCUAGAGAAGACCUAACGGAUCGAAACCUGAGCAUAAGCCCACAAAAGUCAACCACUAUCGUUAAGUAUGAGAAAUCAUCAUGUUUAUUCUGCAACGAGUGGUUUGAGGCCCAAACAUUUACGGAACAUCUAAUCCACUGCGGACAGGUGCUGGAGGAAUGCUCCAAUGGCUGCCAAGCCUUCAUACCACGGGUUCGCAUGCGCAUGCAUUUAAAAGAGUGCCCUCGAUACAAACAGCUCCAGAACCAGUGCGGGAGUGUCAUAAUGGACCACCAGGAGCAUUCGGUCCACCGUUUACAGGUGCUGCAGCAGGAUGUGGGUGCCAUACGUUCAGUGCUCAACGAGGAGAUCAGGCAACGUCUGCACCUCAUCACUGACGUGGGAAACAUCAGAAAACAGAACCAGGUGGUCGAAGAUUGGACUCGAGAUAUGGAGGAGCAAGUCGGGAGCCUUCGAAGCCAGCUGGAAGACGAGUUAUCGCAACGUAGUUUUGUUGCUGAGCAGAAUCGACUUGAUUUCCAGUACUGCUGCGAUAUUACUCGCUCCCUAAAGGAUCAAGUAGAAGAACGUCUCGAUGAAGCCCACAAGCUGGUUCACCAGCUUACGAUGGACGUUAACAUCCAUCAGAAUCAGUUGAAUGAUAAUAUUCUAAAACUAGAGGAGAUUAUUUUUGAGAACGAGAGGCUAAACCGUGAUAAGUUCUUUCAGAUAGAAGAGUUUAUGCAUGAGAUCAAUGAGGAUAUCAAGACUAAACUAGGUAGUAGUGACCACAUCACAUCGAAACACGCCACUCUAGACUACGAGGUCAAAAACAUAAAGAACAUUGUCUGUGAGACGGAGGAGCGCUGCGAUAAGUUGGAUCGAGCUUUACAUCAGACCAUGCAAAAUUUGUCGGACUUGGAGAGCCAAAUAGCUAUGCAGCAACGCAUAGCUAGUUUUCAAAACAUAAAAGGCCAUUUAAUUUGGCGCAUCAAGGACUAUUCCAAGAAAAUGGACGAAGCAAAGCAGUACGAAACAAUCUUGCACAGUGCGAUGUUUUCCAACAAAGCCUUUGGAUACGCUCUGCGGUUGGAUAUUUACUUAAAUGGAAAGGGCACCUGGAAGGGACGGAAUCUGAUCGCCUGCCUCAACGUCCUUGCCGGUGAAUACGAUCCACUCCUUGCAUGGCCUUGCCGGUUGCAAGCUGAGAUUGUGAUACGCGACCAGAGCUCGAAUAUAUCAGAAGCCCAGGACUACGUUAAAUUGAUAUUCGUCCGCAAAAAGAGCGAUGACUUUAUCCACAGUAACCAAUAUUUCCAUAUUCCCCACAAGGUGAUCGCCAGCCGCAACUACCUACGCAAUGACUCUCUUUUUAUAGAAGUCCGAGUACUAAAGUAGUACAUUUUUUGGCUCAUAAAAGUCAUUUUAUGCUCAUAAAAGUCAGUGGUAGUCAAAUAACAAAAAAGGAGACUUUCAUAUAAAAAUCAAAAAUAUUUGUUCCUGGUUUUUUAAAUUGUAAAGGUUGCACUAUUUAUAAAAAUACCCUUAUGGUCAAUUCUAAUACAUCUAAUAAUUUUUUAAUAGAUUAUUUUAUUAAAAGUUUAAAAAAUUUUUAUGAUGAGCACAUAACAUUGAAUCUAUCAAAAUUUAAAUGCAAAUAGUUUGGUGUACCUGUAGAAGUUUCUAAUGCUUUGAUGAAUGCUUUUUUGGGAGCAGUAGAGCUUCAUACUAAGCUUAAUUGAUUACAUACUUUAAAUUUUAAUAGGUAAUUAUAUUUUGUAUUUCUUAUUAAUGCAUUGGAAGCACAAAAAAAACUUUACAAUGAGCUGGAAAACAGACAGGUCUUUUUAAUAAAUUAAUUGGCAGCCUCUAACGUUAUCCACAUAUUUGAAACAAAAUAGGCUUAUAUUUUAUAAAUGUAUAUCAAACAUAAAGUAUUCGAAUAAUUGCAUCCAUUCCGAUUUAAAAUUUUAAUAAUAAAGAGAUGGUUAAGAAGAGCGCUGUUCGCCCACCAGUGCGUAAA